UUCGACUGUCUGCUUUUCCAGACAUAUCCUAUCUUAUGUAAAUUUUAAUGACGAUACGUAAAAUUUUGUGGUUUCAAUUAGAAAUAUUCACAAUGUCAAGCGACUUUUGGUUUGUCUAAAUUAUUUGGUGUUAUACCUCGAAGUGAAGAAUAUCCGUGUAUCGCGGAUAUGACCGAAACGAAAAAGAAAUCACCUGAGGUAGCCAGCAACACGGUAACAGUUUUACUGGCCAAACAGGCAGAACAUCUUGUGGAUGGCCAUCGUGUCAAGGUCGUCGUCGUGGGCAGUGCGCCUAAGGGUGUUGCGGUCGCUAUAGCGAUUCUAUUCAAACGUCUUGCCUCCGAGCUCGUCCUCAUAGAUGCGAACGAGGAACUUGCCAAGACGGAAGCAGAAGACAUCAGCCAUGCGGCAGCAUAUCUCGGCAAUCCCAGAAUUGUCGGUACCAAAGAUUAUGUUUGUGCCAGAGACGCAGCGGUAUGCGUGAUCACAGUUGGAAGCCAAUCUCGUGAAGAUCUGCGGCCAGCCGAUUAUCUAGAGCAAAAUCUGAAAAUUUUCAAAGACGUCAUUCCUAACGUUUCCAAGUACGCGCCGAACAGUGUUCUUCUCAUUCUUUCAAAGCCAGUUGAUAUUCUAUCGUACGUUGCUAUGAAGCUAUCUGGGUUUCCACCAAAUCGUGUUAUAGGAUUAGGAACGUUUCUAGACAGCUGCAGAUUUCAAUAUUUUAUCGCUCAAAAACUCGGACUUUCAGCAAAUGCGAUUCAAGCGUUAAUCAUUGGCGAGAGUGGACCAGCUUCUGUACCGGUCUGGUCUGCUGUUGCGGUAAUGGGUAUGCCUUUAAAAGAUAUAAAUAAAGAGAUCGGCACUAGAACGGAUCCGGAAUCCUGGGGUGAUUUACAUGCGAAAGUUGUCAAUACCGAUAAUGAAUUGAUCCUCAAGAAAGGAUAUCACAAUUGGGCAGUUGGAAUCUGUACAGGCGAAAUUGUGGAUGCUAUCGUGCGCAAUACUUGUGCUUGUUUUACUGUCUCUACGUUCAUGAAGGGCUGCCAACACGGAUUGGAAAAGGAUAUCUUUACGUCAUUACCUUGUGUAGUAGGAAGAAAUGGCGUACAAUCCUUUAUUCGUUUGUUAUAUACAUCUAAAGAGCAAGAAUUGAUGACGAUAUCUUUCCGAAGAAUUUAUGAAGCGCAAAGAUUGAUCCUCGACAAGAUUGAAUAAAUAAGAAAUGGAAUUAACGAAGUAUUUGUUGUACAAUUUUAUAAUUAACGUUAUUUGUAACCUAAAGUAUUAAAUACUGUCAACAAUUAAUGUGAGUAAAUUAUAUUGUAGUUCCAUGUUUGAC